CCAUCUAUUGCAAAGUCUCGCCUGGAUGGCUGCUUCGGAGCAACGCCGGGGCCCCACUGGAGGCCUCUUUUGUGGGGAUUAUCGGGGAGAUAAUGUUCAAAUCUUGCCGCAAGCACUCGGUGUUUACGACAAGAUAUAUGAUAGCACCCUAUAUUACGGACGCAGCAUUCCCAUUUUUCAAUCAAGCGGAACGGGAAAAUCACACCUUGUAGCAGAAGUGUUGAAAAACACACCGGGCUUAAGUAUUUGCUUCCGCGACUCGAGCAGUCCAGAGGUCGGCUGGCCUCCGCGAGAUGAGGCCAUGUGUCGAUUCGUAAAAUCGGUCGAGUAUUUAGUAUGUUUGAUUAAUAGAGGCCAAGGCAACACACUGGCCGGUCCCGUUAGGGGGCAGAAAUGGCCGCUGCCCUUAUCGGGGCACUUUUUGGGCAGGUCUACGAACGCCUCGGUCGAAAUUCAAAUGACGAUCUUGAGACGCCAAUGUCUGCCUGGUCAUAAAUCUGUGUCGCGUGGGGUCUCGUUUGAGUCAGUUUUCGAGGCAGCCAAUCGGUCUCUUGCAACAAUGCCAGAUGAGCUGGUGGCCCGACGACAAAGGACAAAGACCUUGAUGAGAUCGAUGAAUGGUAUAAGGAGCUGUGCCGACACUUUUGCUUGAAAGCGACGAAGAAUCUGG